CAAACCGAAAGCCAAAAGCCAAAGAGCCAAAGAGCAGCCCGUGGAAGAAGGAGCCGUCGUAAAACCACCGCCCGAAAACCUUCCCACCUUCCGUAGCGAGGGAGCGGCGAGAAAUGGAGCAGCUCGGGGGCAAGAAGUCGAACAAGAUCACGGAGAUCGUGCGGCUGCAGCAGAUGCUGAGGAAGUGGCGCAAGCUCUCCGUGGCGUCCAAGCCCGACGCCUCGGCGGCGGCGGCGGCCAGCUGCACGCCCGCCGUCGCCACGGUCACCGCCGGCGGCGGCGAGAGCAAGGCCAAGAAGUUCCUGAAGCGGACGCUGUCCUUCACGGAGAGCCCGCCGUCGUCGUCGUCGUCGGGCCCGCCGCCCAAGGGCCACCUGGCCGUGUCGGUCGGCCCGGCGAUGCGGCGGUUCGUGAUCCCGACCGAGUACCUCAAGCACCAGGCGUUCGCGGCGCUGCUCCGGGAGGCCGAGGAGGAGUUCGGGUUCCAGCAGGAGGGCCUGCUCCGCAUCCCCUGCGACGUGCCCGCCUUCGAGGCCAUCCUCCGCGCCGUCGACAAGGGCGGCAAGCACAAGGACGCCGCCGCCUUCUGCUACUGCAGCGCCGAGUUCGCCAUCGCCGCCGCCGACGUCGGCACCCCCAACAACUCGCUCUGCAGAUAAGGCCGCCCACCGCCCGCCAUUAGCAGUGCUACGUACCUGACCACCAUCUUGUUCCUGUCCCACGAAAAAAAAUGCCCUUCUUCUUCUUCCUCUUCGCUCGUGUUUUUCAGCGUCGACGAACGUGAUGGUGAGGGAUGAUUCGACGGUAUCUCCCCCCACGGGUUUUUUCUCCCCUCGUUAUAUAGGAAUCAUUGUUGCUGCCCGCAUUCUUUCUCUGAUGAAGAUGAUCUGGAUUAGCCGGGUGAUGUAAUGCAUGCAUUCAUGGAAUCAUAUGGAAAGAUCUGAUUGAUGUGAAAAA